AGAAUUUGCAAUCUUCUCUUUGCUCUAGCAGUUUUCAUUCUGCUACAUAAUCAUAUUUCACUUGCUACUUUUCUUAAUAUUAGCACUGAUGAAGUUGCUCUUCUUUCACUGAAAUCACACAUCUCUUAUCACCCUAACAAUAUCUUAGCAAGAAACUGGUCUUCUUCUGCUCCAAUUUGCAGUUGGAUUGGAAUCACUUGCGGUUCCUGCCAUCACCGAGUCACUGCUUUAGACCAUGGUACCAUUCCUCCACACCUUAGGAACCCCUCAUUUCUCAUGUCCCUCUACAUCAGUGGCAAUGCUUUCCAUGAGGCUUUGCCAGAGGAGUUGGCUCAUUUAUAGAGGCUGAAAUUGAUUAAUGUCAUAAGCAAUAACUUCAGUGGAGCUAUUCCAUCAUUUUUAAGUUUAUUACAAAAUCUAUGCUUUGUAUACCUCUCCAGCAACCAAUUUUCAGGGGAAAUUUCAUCUUCCCUUUCCAAUCUAACAAAGCUGGAGGUGUUGAGAAAACGGGGAAAUUUUCUUGAAGGAGAGAUCCCUUGAGAACUUGGUGAUCUUCAUUAUAUGAUUUUUUUAGACCUGCAAUAUAAUCAGCUUGCUGGCUCUAUACCACCAUCAAUCUUCAACAUUACGACGAUGCAAAAAAUUAUCUAUUCCAAUUCUGCAUUUGGAAAGUAGAGAGAUACCAGUGGAGCAAUCUUCAGAAACUACAACAGGUGGGAUUGUCACAGAUUGAGUUUACUGGUUCUGUCCCGUCAAGCAUUUUCAACAUGUCAUCACUGCAGAUCCUAGAUCUUUCACUAAACAGGCUUUCAGGGAUUGGAUCACUUUUUACGUUGGCCGUUGGAUAUAUGGUGUUAAGAUUGAGAAAUAUAAAGAAGAAUGCAAGCCAAGUAGAUGUGCCUCUAGCUAAAGGGAAUGAAAGAAUUUCAUAUUAUGAACUUGAACAGGCAACAGAAAGAUUCAAUGAAAGCAAGUUGCUUGGUAGUGGGAGUUUCAGCAUGGUCUACAAAGGGAUACUUAAGGAUGGUGCCCUUUUUGCAGCAAAGUUCUUCAAUGUUCAAUUGGAGGGUGCAUUCAAAAGCUUUGACAUAGAGUGUCGGAUACUCCGGAACCUUUGCCACAGAAAUCUGACCAAGGUCAUAACGAGCUGCUCCAACCUUGAUUUCAAAGCCCUAGUGCUGGAAUACAUACCCAAUGGGACACUUGAUAAAUGGUUAUACUCCCUUAACUUGUUCUUGAACUUAUUACAGAGACUAGAUAUAAUGAUAGAUGUUGCAUCUGCAAUGGACUAUCUCCACAAUGGCUAUUCAACACCUGUGGUGCAUUGUGACUUGAAGCCCAGCAAUGUCUUGCUAGAUAAAGAUAUGGUAGGUCAUGUCAAUGAUUUUGGAAUUGCAAAAUUAUUAGGUGCAGGGGAAGCUUUUGUUCAAACAAGGACAAUUGCAACUAUUGGAUAUAUUGCUCCAGGUUUGGACACACAGUUUCUUGACCGGUCUUAGACAACUCAGUAUUACUCUGCAACAGUAGUGGUGAGUCCUCAUCCAUCGAGGACAUGAUUAGCUUAUUCCUAUUACUUCAGUGCUUUCUUAUGUUUAGUUAGUCAAAGUUAGUUAGGAGUGUAUCUCAUUAACUCCUCACAAUGUUUAGAGGCUUUCAGACAAUCAGUUAGAUAAACAGUCAUACAUUUUAGUGUUUUCAAUUAUUUUUCGAUAGAUAGUUGAUUUCUAGUAUUCUAUCAGAUAGUUCAGACAUAUCUUGAUUCAUAUUUUAGUAUCCAGUUUUACAGUAUCUUAUCAACUUA